UCUAUAAAACGAUUACACGGGUACCCAUUGGGGUUAGUCCGCUAGAAAUUAAACAUGAAAGCUACAGCUGCGCUUGUAUUACUCGUCUGUUACCUGGCCGUUGGCUAUUGCCAGGAUCCGGAAGAACCAGAGCCGUGGGCACUGAUCCCUGAUGGCGCUGGACAUAUGCAUAUGGUGAACAUCAAUCCCGUCAAUGUGCCGGAGGGCGAAGACGAGAUCGAACCACUGUUCAACCCGGAGAGUGAUGUCGUCUUCCGACUGUACACCAGACGCAACCCGGUUCACGAGCAGCUGAUCAGGUGGGACGAUGCCUCAUCGAUUUCCAACUCCAACUUCAAUCCGGCUAAUCCUACUCGGUUCCUGAUCCACGGUUGGGUAGAGGGUCAAGAUGCCACGUUGCACUGGGUCAUUAAGGAUCACUACAUGCGCGUCGGAGACUUCAACGUGAUCAACGUAGAUUGGGGUGCAGGUGCGCAAACCAUCAACUACAUUGCUGCCCGUAAUCGUGUUGGAGGAGUCGGUAUGAUCGUGUCCCGUGUGAUUGACGUGAUUCGUGCUACGACUGGACAAUCCUUGGACAUGAUCAACGUCGUCGGAUUCAGUUUGGGAGGUCAUGCCGCCGGAAACGCUGGAAAGGGCCAGAACGGUCAGCUAAACUCCGUCAUCGCUCUGGAUCCGGCUGGACCGUUGUUCUCGCAGGGACAGGCCGACAUCCUGACUGCCAACGAUGCGAUCUACACGGAAGCAAUCUACACCAAUGCCGGAAACCUCGCUUUCGAUGUUCCACUGGCUCAGGCCAACUUCUACCCGAACGGAGGACGAUCGCAGCCUGGAUGUAUUACAUCAACCUGUGCUCAUAUGCGAGUUAACGAGCUAUUUGCCGAGUCGGUUUCCACUGCCAAUCACUUUAUUUCCAUGGAGUGUGCCAAUUACAAUGAAAUUCUGGCCGGAACUUGCUCUUCCGUCGGGCCGUACGCCAAAAUGGGUGGCGAACCUUCAAACCGAGGACUUGGAGUCCGGGGUGUUUACUAUCUACGAACGAACGCACAAUCGCCGUUCGCCAGAGGCUAGAUAAGGACCUGAUAUAGGUACGUGAUAUUCGUUUAUAUUUCAAAAGCUACUUAUGGGUAAUAAAUGUUUUUUACUGAUUUUUUUUAAUCGG